AGCCUGCAUGUACUUGGCAGGGCAGUGUGAAGCUAGCUAGCGGGGCAAAGGUUUUGCGAGGCAGAAAAGACCCCUGUCCCCCCUGCGACGAUCCGUCCAGCUCGCGGCCGUCCAUCUAUCGCCCCCCUUCGCCUUUAAUGCAGCCUUUCUGUCCCUUAAAAAAGCUACCACGAGUCCACGACCCAGCGGCCAGCGCUCCCGCCUUCCUUCGCCUAGCACCCUCCUCCAUCCCUCUCGCCUCGAUCUCCUUCUUGCUCCCCGCUUGCUUGCUCAGGUAGCGAGCGCGAGAGUGUCGCUCAUGGCGGCGUCCCGCUCUCCCAGGGUCGUCAGAGAGGCGGCAGCCGCCGGCUGCGCGGACGCCAACACCACGUUCGUGCAGGCCGACCCGGCGACGUUCCGCGCGCUCGUGCAGAAGCUCACGGGCGCGCCAGGCGGGACGGCGGCGGAGAAGCAGCGGCAGCAGCAGGAGGAGGCGGUGACGACCGUCGCGCAGCAGCACGCGCCGCCGCCUCCGCCGCCGAGGCGGCCGAAGCUGCAGGAGAGGCGGCGCGCGGCGCCGGCCAGGCUGGAGCUGGCGCGGCCGCACCCGUCGGCGACGUCCUUCUACUACUACCACCACCGCGGGCACGGGCUCAUGCACUCGCCGGUCUCGCCCAUGGACGCCUACGUCCUGGCCUCCUCCUCCUCGUCGCCGUCGCCGCUGUCCUCAUCCUCGUCGAUGACGCCGUCGCCGCACUCGUCGCCGUCGUGCGGCGGGGUGGUGAUAAGCAAGGAGGAGGAGGAGCGGGAGGAGAAGGCCAUCGCCUCCAAGGGCUUCUACCUGCACGCGUCGCCGAGGGGCGCCGCCGCCGGGGACGGCGAGCGGCCCAAGCUGCUGCCGCUCUUCCCCGUCCACUCCCCCAGGAGCGCCUACUACGCCUCCUAAUCCGUCGUCGUCAUUCGUCGCGUGUGUCUGUGCAGUGUGCUCGCGUCGCCGGAUCAAGGAAUUCCGGCGACGCUAGCUAGCUGCGUUCAUCAAUCUCUCCGCAGUCUGUGCCCCGCCUGUUUGCGUUAGAAUUUAGAUGAUCCACGACUGCAACUCUUGCUAGCCCGAUGUUAUUAACUAGCUAGGUUUUAGCGUCUAAUCUUUUGUCUCUGUCCUAUACAUCUCUGUCUGUUUAACCAUGCAAUCCAUCUCAUGAGCAGCAGUGAUCUGAUCUUGUGGGCAUCA